AUGAAUAUCCAGUUGGCGCAGAAUCUACAGAGAGAAAUCAAAAGGUCACUGGAUCUCUUUGAAUCCACGGGGCCUGAGCAGUCCCGGGCCAACGCUCAUGAGAAGGCGUUACACUUGGCACAGGCGCUUGCCCGUCCACGAGAGGCAAUCCUGAGACUAUCAUACUUACCAAGUGCUUUGAUGGCCGUCAAAGUGGCUCAUGACUUAAACGUUUUCACUCUGCUUGCCCAGGCGACCAGACCAGUGCCUUUAACCGAAUUGGCAGCUUCGAAAGCAGCCGAUCCUCGGUUAGUUGAGCAAAUAAUGCGCACUGUGGUCGCAAGUGGUUUCGCGGAAGAGCCAUUGCCUUGUGAAUACCUGCCCAAUGCGAUCUCCAGGGAGAUGACCGAACGCGGCCCCAUUGGCAUGAUGGAGUCAAUAUUCCUUGAAUUCCUGCCUUCUAUCCAGAAGGCUUCGGAGUAUCUCCGAGCUAUCAAUUAUCGCAACCCAGACGACCGGAUGCGUGCCCCUCUCCAGUCAUCGUAUAGAAUUAUGCCGACAUUUACCCCUUUCUAG